AUGAGCUUCACGGCAGCCCGAACGAGGACGGCUGCUUUGAAGGCGGCCGAGUCGGCCGAGCAGAGGAAGACGGACCAGAAAGCUGCCGGCAACAAAGAUGACAAGGACGACGCCGUUGCUGAGGAGCAGGAGGCCCCGGUGCAGGGUGCCCCUACCGGCAUCUUCUGCCUGCUGCUGUGCUUGGCCUCGGAGGUUCUUCGUGGCCGUGGCUUGUUUGUGCCUGCUGCAUCGGCCUCCAAGGACUCACCCGUCCUGGUAGUCGUCGACAAGCUCAAGACGGUGGGCCAAAAGCUUCAAAAGCGGCACAGCGACAUCCUGGAAAAGAGCAUUCUGGAGCGGGUCAGCUUGGCCUUCGCUGAGGUCCUGAAGACGCAGCAGGUCUUUGAAACGAUCCACAGCCUCGUGAUGAUCUGUCUGGCAGUGGCGGCACUCCUGAAUGCCGCAGUGUCACUUGGGCUGCCUGCAAUCGGCCAGAUCUUCGCAGGGAAGCGGCAGGCAUCGUCGUCAAGGGCACCUUUGCUGUUCGCCGUCCUGUCGGUUGUGCCCGUAGCUAUUUUUGGCUAUGGGCAUUUCGCGAACCUGCUCAAGGCCCUCCGGUCUGUUCCACAGCUUCCCGCCUUGUGUGACGCCCUGCAACACGCAUUGCGGGUUGCAGCAGUCGUCGUCGCCGAUGCCGACGGAACGCCCGCUGGCUUCGCUAUGUUCCAGGCUGCCUCCUUGCUGACUCGGAUCUCGAGCGAGGUCGCUUCUGGGAGGCUGGCGGAGGCAAUUGCGCCCAUCCGUGCCAAGCAGGACUUUUGGAGCUUGCUGGACAACUCGACCGCAACGCAUGGGCUGAUCAGUCUUCUGGGCACUCUCUGGCUGGCCUUCGGCCACUUGCGGAGGCACAGUGCGCUGUUGGCUGGAAUGGCGCUACUGUCCAUCGCCGCCUCGCCGGUGACGCUGGCGUUAGGAUGGCCCGAGGCAUCAAAGCUAUUGGGCUUGCCGACCAACGAAGCUCACCCUGAGCGAGGCAGGGGUUGGGUCUAUAAGGGUUGCCAUGGUUGCUCGAUGCCGCGAAGGCCACGAACGCUGUCUUCAGGAAGGUUCUUGCUGAGGAGGUUGCUGUGGUUUUGA